CCGACUCUGGGCUCUCAGAAGUGCGGGACAGAAUCGCAGCGAGCGCGGAGCCGAAGCUCAGCCCCGACUUGUUGAUCUCGCCCAAGCAGCCGCCACCGCUGCCGCGGGAGCAGGAGGAGGAGGAGGAGGAGGUGGAGCAGGAGGCGCCGCCCGAUCCCGGUCUUGCCACCCGCGCCCCCAGCGCCCCCAGCGCCCGUCCGCGCCCCCAGCCUUGGAGAGCGCGCUUCGGCCCCGCAGCGCCUGCUGCUCCGGCGCGUCGCCUGCCCGUCCGGCGUAGGCCGGGCCCAGCCCGGCCCCGGGUCCGCCGCUGCCCGCGGGCUGGGGCGCCCGGGCGACCGCGGCGAUGCGCGGUCCCUGGCCCCGGGAGGCGGCCACCCUGGGGCCGUCGGGAUGGAGGUGAGAAGACGGCCGUGACGCGCGCCCGCGCGGCCCCCUGCGCCCCCAGCAGCCCACAGCGCUCCCUGCCCCCCUCCGCCGCGGCGGCUGGCCUUGCCCUCCAGUGACAGCGGCCUGGGGGGGCAGGGGGGGCGGGGGCGGCCGGACCAGCGAUGCCGGCGGGCAUGACGAAGCAUGGCUCCCGCUCCACCAGCUCGCUGCCACCCGAGCCCAUGGAGAUCGUGCGCAGCAAGGCGUGCUCGAGGCGCGUCCGCCUCAACGUCGGUGGGCUGGCGCACGAGGUGCUCUGGCGCACCCUGGACCGCCUGCCCCGCACGCGGCUGGGCAAGCUGCGCGACUGCAACACGCACGACUCGCUGCUGGAGGUGUGCGAUGACUACAGCCUCGACGACAAUGAGUACUUCUUCGACCGCCACCCGGGCGCCUUCACCUCCAUCCUCAACUUCUACCGCACCGGACGGCUGCACAUGAUGGAGGAGAUGUGCGCGCUCAGCUUCAGCCAAGAGCUCGACUACUGGGGCAUCGACGAAAUCUACCUGGAGUCCUGCUGCCAGGCCCGCUACCACCAGAAGAAGGAACAGAUGAAUGAGGAGCUCAAGCGUGAGGCAGAAACCCUACGGGAGCGGGAGGGUGAGGAGUUCGAUAACACGUGCUGCGCGGAGAAGAGAAAAAAGCUCUGGGACUUACUGGAGAAGCCCAAUUCCUCUGUGGCCGCCAAGAUCCUUGCCAUAAUUUCCAUCAUGUUCAUCGUCCUCUCCACCAUUGCCCUGUCUCUCAACACACUGCCCGAGCUGCAGAGCCUUGAUGAGUUUGGCCAGACCACAGACAACCCCCAGCUGGCCCACGUGGAGGCCGUGUGCAUUGCGUGGUUCACCAUGGAGUACCUGCUGCGGUUCCUCUCCUCCCCCAAAAAGUGGAAGUUCUUCAAGGGCCCGCUCAACGCCAUUGACUUGUUGGCAAUCCUGCCAUAUUAUGUCACCAUCUUCCUCACUGAAUCUAACAAGAGCGUGCUGCAGUUCCAGAAUGUCCGCCGCGUGGUCCAGAUCUUCCGCAUCAUGCGUAUUCUCCGCAUUCUUAAGCUCGCACGUCACUCCACUGGCCUCCAGUCCUUGGGCUUCACUCUGCGGAGGAGCUACAACGAGCUGGGCUUGCUCAUCCUCUUCCUUGCCAUGGGCAUCAUGAUCUUCUCCAGCCUUGUCUUCUUUGCCGAGAAGGAUGAGGAUGACACCAAGUUCAAAAGCAUCCCAGCCUCUUUCUGGUGGGCCACCAUCACCAUGACGACUGUUGGGUAUGGAGACAUCUACCCCAAGACUCUCCUGGGGAAAAUUGUGGGGGGUCUUUGCUGCAUUGCAGGGGUCCUGGUGAUUGCUCUUCCCAUCCCCAUCAUUGUCAAUAACUUCUCUGAGUUCUACAAGGAGCAGAAGAGGCAGGAGAAAGCAAUCAAGCGGAGAGAGGCUCUGGAGAGAGCCAAGAGAAAUGGCAGCAUCGUAUCCAUGAACAUGAAGGAUGCAUUCCCCCGGAGCAUCGAGGUGAUGGACAUUGUGGUUGAGAAAAGUGGAGAGAAUGUGGGUCAGAAAGACAAAGUAGUGCAAGAUAAUCACUUGUCUCCCAACAAAUGGAAAUGGACAAAGAGGACACUGUCCGAAACCAGCUCAAGUAAGUCCUUUGAAACCAAGGAGCAGGGAUCCCCUGAGAAGGCCAGAUCGUCUUCUAGUCCUCAGCACCUGAACGUCCAGCAGUUGGAAGACAUGUACAAUAAGAUGGCCAAGACACAAUCUCAACCCAUCCUCAAUACUAAGGAGUCAGCAACACAGAGCAAACCAAAGGAAGAACUUGAAAUGGAGAGCAUCCCCAGCCCCGUAGCCCCUCUGCCCACUCGUACAGAAGGGGUCAUUGACAUGCGAAGCAUGUCGAGCAUUGAUAGCUUCAUUAGCUGUGCCACAGACUUCCCUGAAGCCACCAGAUUCUCCCAUAGCCCUUUGGCAUCACUCCCCAGCAAAACUGGAGGUGGCAUGGCCCCAGAGGUUGGCUGGCAGGGAGCUCUGGGUGCCACUGGUAGUAGGUUUGUGGAGGCCAACCCCACCCCUGAUGCCAGCCAUCCCUCUGCUUUCUUCAUUGAGAGCCCCAAGAGUUCCAUGAAGACCACCAACCCCUUGAAGCUUCGAGCACUUAAAGUCAACUUCAUGGAGGGCGAUCCCAGACCAUUAGUCCCCGUUCUGGGGAUGUACCAUGACCCUCUUAGGAACCGGGGGGGUGCUGCGGCAGCUGUUGCUGGGCUGGAGUGUGCCACACUCUUGGACAGGCCUGUGCUGAGUCCAGAGUCCUCCAUCUACACCACAGCAAGUGCUAGGACACCCCCCCGGUCGCCAGAGAAACACACAGCAAUAGCGUUCAACUUUGAAGCAGGUAUCCACCAGUACAUUGAUGCGGACACAGAUGAUGAGGGGCAAGUGCUCUACAGUGUGGACUCCAGCCCCCCCAAGAGCCUCCACGGGAACACUAGUCCCAAGUUCAGUGUCGGGACAAGAUCAGAGAAGAACCACUUUGAAAGCUCCCCCUUACCCACCUCCCCUAAGUUCUUAAGGCAGAACUGUAUUUACUCUACAGAAGCAUUGACUGGAAAAACUCCCAGUGGUCAGGAAAAGUGCAAGCUUGAGAACCACAUCUCCCCCGACGUCCGCGUGUUGCCGGGGGGAGGAGCCCAUGGAAGCACACGGGAUCAGAGCAUCUGAACCACCUCCACACGGAGGAGAGACUUGUGGCAGGGUCCAGAGAGGAGUGCUGUUCAGCUUACCUGCCGUGGAGCUUUUCUGCAUGACCUCUGAGACAGAAAGCCUCGGCAAAGCCCCCAGAAAGAAGAGAGACCAGAGAAAGCUCCCUUAAAACCUUGAGAGCCGUUAACGGGUCCAUCAGAUCGAAGUUGGCCAAGCCACAGGGUAUGGCGCCUCCUUGUAACAGCUCCACGGCCCUCUUUGGAAGAUGACAAGAGCAGAACUCACAGCCACCACUACCACGUUCUAGACAUAACCAAGGCCACCUACUCCCCAUUCUUCUCUCGUGGCUUUCCAUCACAGCCUCUGAGGGCAAGAUCUCCUUCCCUCCUGGCUUCAGCUGGAGAAGGAUGCCGGAACAAGUGGCUGGUGUUAAAAGAGUGGGUUGACCAAUUUGGUUUUGGGUGUUGCCUGGCCACCUCUAGGAACUUCUGUCCAUCACCUGCUGGAUGGAUCUCACUGUUAGAAGGCUACAGGGAAUGCUUGUGUCAUGGGGAAAACUGCACCAUAAGCCACGAUCCCAGCGCAAAACCCUUCCUCAAAUGUCUUCAUUGACUUCAGUAUUCCGUAGUACCUGAGAUUUUAUUUUGAGAUAUCAUCAGGGUGAGUUGCACCACUUGUACUCAAUUCUACUUGCCCCCUGGCAAUCUGGGAAGGGUUCAGAAGGCGGGCACUCAGCCAACAGUAUGAACUCUGAGUAUUGCUUUAGGGUUAUAGAAGGAAAAUGCUUUCUGUACAUCGCUAGUGUAGACUCAAAAGAUAUGCAAGUGUCAAAUAUGCAGAAGAAUAGCUUAUUCAAAGAGACUGUAUGUUACCGAAGAACAGAAUAAAAUCUGAUUUUUUUUUACCUGAAAAAAACAAAAGGAAAAGAAAAAACCCCAAUUGAAAUGCCCAGUUCAGACUUUUGAAUACUUCCUGCUGGGGCAGGGAAAACAUUUACUAUAAUAGAAAUUCUCUUUUGUUUCCUGUGAUAUUCAAGUUUGAAAAAAAAAAAAGUUAAAAUAAAAAGCACUUUAUGUUUUUCAAAAAUAGGUUCUACCAGGGACAGUGUCAACAUCUUGCACUUUAAAACAAGCAUGAUUUCCCGUGGGCCACUUGUUGGGACUACAGUUGGGUUUUUGCUCCAGGCGUGUGUCUGGCCACGGUGAGUGAUACUGUGCUGGUAUUGCUGUCUGCUGUGUCAAAGUCUGUGGGCUCCUUCCCUGCCGCCCUGAAGCUUCCCCUUAACCCUCUUGCAUCAGGAAGGGUUCUUGGCCCCUGCAUGGGGCCCCUUAUAAAGUCAUGUGUACAGCAAACAGGAACAUCUCAGAAGAAUGAAGUAGACGGUUGGGCAUUGGGUGUUUUACUCUGUUCUCUUUCUUGUCAACCAGGUGUUGGUGUGUUUUCAGUGUCACUCUCUGUACUAACAGCUCAGCUCUCCUUUCUGCAGCCAUCAGUGCAGCCAGUACCGACAAAAGCAAUAAGUGUCUGUGUGCAUUGUGAGCGGUUCUGGUCUAUCUCUUGGUGUUGGUCUUCCUGUCUUAGUUUGAUGACCUGGCGUUGACCUGCCUGAUUUUAGUCCAACAGCAUGGUGGUGUUGGCCAUUCCUCAGGUCAGUAACACGGGGUGGAGCUGCUGGUUAGCAGGAUGCCAAGCUGUUGGCCCAUGUGUCAGUAAAGAUGACACAUUAUUGAUCUGCUUGUCUUUAGUACAGUGAACCGAUGUUGUCCUCCUAAUACAAUUUCGAAGGAUGGGGUCCCAAGUACGAUAGCCUAGAUCUGCUGAUCCUCAAUACAGUGCCAGGCAUACGUCUUCCUGAUGGAACAAAACGUGGUUUCCCUGUCCUUCAUAGAAUAUGUUGUUGGUCUGCCUGUUAGUACAAUGGCACAAUCCACCUGUCAGGGCACAGACAUCAUGGCGUCAUUCUGCCUGCCCUCUGCACAGUGGCAUGAGGUUGGGCAACCUGUCACAGGUAUGAUGACAUGGGAUCAUUCCACUGCCCUUAAAAACGUGUGUUCUCUGCUGCGUAUGCACCCGGUUCAUACUGCUUCUCAGCAUCUCCAAGGAUUGUAGAUCCCUCCAAGAGGGUGCAGUCCUGUUUUCUGCUGCAUUAACAAAGUAUCUUGGCUCUGGAAGUAUCUUCGGAGUACUCUCGCAGCAAAUACAAAGGGAUUUAAGGGGCAGGGAGUAUGAGGUCAUCCUGUGCUGGUGGCACACCAGAGAGAGGAAGCUCCCAAGGUGCUUUACCGAGCACACAGUACAAGCUGGGGGCCUGUGGAGGAAAGGCCGCAGAACAGUCCUCCCUGGGCCAUCUCACGUCUCUUUGUUUCCAUCACCAUUUACAUCCGCCAUCAGCACAAAUGUGAAAAUUCAGGGAAAACAAACAAAUGCUUUUUGAUAAAAGUAAAUAGUUGUGAUUUCCGAUUCAGAUUUUUUAGAGCUGAUGCUAUCUGUGAAAAUUAAUAAUAAUAAUAUAGUCUAUUUUACAUAUCAGGAAAGUGAACAUGUUUAAAUAUAGCCAUAUAUAGCGAGAAGGAACUUACCACCCCUUCUUCAAAUCGAGGCAUUUCAUUUGCUGGUUGAAGCAGACGAGAAGUGUACAGAUUAGAAAUGAUUUCUUUCUUUCUUUUUUUUUAAACUAAUAACCAAUUGGUGCAACUCUCCUUGUCUCUAACCAAAGGCCCUUUCUGCCUUGUGUGGUCAUGCAGGACCUACCCCUUCCUUCCUCAUGUAUUUUGUCUGAACUUAAAGUAGCAUUUUAUUGAGUCACUUUUGAAGGAUGAAUUCAGAAGUAUCAUUAAGAACCUACCUUUUCAGGCUUAAUAGCCAGAGUCCUAUAGAGUUCUUAUAGAAACAGAAUAACUGAAACUCAGCAUAUACUAUGCUUAGAAAGUAUUGCGUUUUGUUUUGGGUUUUCCUUUUACUUGUGGAUGUAUUGUAGGAAUAUAGCUUUUACCCUGUGCCGAUUCAAAAUAGAGUAUUGUAAGUUCUCCCAGGCCCCCACCUGCCAAAAAGAAACAUAUCCAGAUUUUUAAUAUGUGUACACCCUACCUGUACCUGUGUACGUGCACUGGGAUAUCUACCUGAGUCUCCAGUGAGAAGCUAACCUUGAUAGACGGGUGGUGAUGGAGGAGAGGAAAGCAAUGGUUUGGAGGCAAAUACUGCUUUAACUUGAUGGUCCAUGUACCACCCAUUCCUAAACCAACGAAAGUGGGAAAAAAACGAGUCAUGAAUGAAUGAAUUGGAAAGAAAUGAAUCUAGGGACCGGAGGUGAAUGGAUGCCUGGUCCCUUUGGCAAAGUCAGUGAAACUCAUCAAGAACCCCACCAAACUUACACCAUUAUCAAAAAGGGCUAGGGACCAGGUAGCUCUGUGUCCUGAUCACACAGGGGAAUGCCCACGACCAGCAGAGAGAGGUGGGAAAGCUCUGGAGGAGUCCAUUUAUUCAUCUUUUUACUUUGGGGUAAAGAAGAACAAUAGGACUUCGGUGCAGUAGAUUUCUCAGUGCCUUCUUUAGGAAUUUUACCUUAAGCACACUUAAUGGGGAAAGAAAAAAGAGGAAAGAACAUUCAUUCCCGUGAAGCCCCUUUCUCUAAAAGCACUGGGGAUCAAGAAGGAAGACAAUGACGAUGGGGAAACGGCAAAAUCCUGAGGAGGCCAUUUCCUUUCAACCCACCUGGCUUGCCCCUUUGAAUUGCUGGUGAUACAAACUUUUUCAGACUGAUUCCUGACCUCUCCUCCGCCGUGUCUUAGUAACUGUAAGCCUCACCCCUGCCCUUUCUCUGAAUAAGAUCCAUGUUUCUAAGGAGAAAAAACAGAACCGUACCCUCUUCUGUAAAACUGUAAUGUAUCGUUGAUGUUUGUAACUGUUGUAUAUUUCUGUCUUGCUCCAAGUUAUGGCUGGAGUGUAUAUUCCAUGGGCAGGGGGAAAUUUAAAAUUCACCCCGGACAAGGGUCACUAAUGCCAGGUGUCUCUCUCUCUCUCUCCUUUCCUCAUUUCUCUGCCAACUAGUCUCAAGUAACAUGACCCCGGGCUUCAGCCUCCAGUCAAGUAACUUUGAAUCCAAUGUGGUGAGAAGCCUCUAGCAUGUGAUCCUUUGAGAAAGGACUUUUUCUACUGCUGCGAAGUUGGCAGGCGUUAAAAGGGGGCUUCCCCUGACUCCCCCAGCAGGACAGUGGAGAACCUGCAGCCCUGAGCUAAAAUUUCCUCGCCUCCCACUGCUUACAUGACAGCAUCCAAAUGCUUUCACUCAACCCGGGCGACUCAAACCAGCCCUGGCUACACCCAGAAAUAAGAGUUACCUCUGUAUUUUCUGUUGCCAUUUUUCUGGCUCUAGAAGUAUCUGAUGCGUGACUACAUCAUAGGAUGUCCACGCAUCUCAGAGUAGUCUAUUUUUCUGUUCAGAUAAAAUAUAUAUAUAUGUAUUUUUAGCAAAUUUAUAAUUGGGCCAUUGAGUCUAAUUUCUUCUUUUGUAAUACAGAAUAACAUUUUAGGGGUUUUAUUGUUGGUCAUAAUCGCAGCUGAUAUCUCCUGGUCUCCUUCAUUUCCUCCUGUUGCUCCUUGGAUCGUUUUUUUUCUUCUUCUUUUUGAUUCUGAUUUUCUGGAGGUGGGGAAAGACUUUGGGGUCUGACUUCCUCAUGCAGGCAUUUCCUGACACAAGGCCUAGAAUCUGUUGACCUGUUACUUUCCUCAUUCUGUCUGUUCUAUUUAUUGUUCUUAAAAAUCCAGAACACAGAUGCAGGAGUGAAACCAGGGGAAGCAGGGCUACAGAUGGCCCUCAAAAUCAGGAUGGGAUGUGGGCUGGUUUAGCUCAUCCUCCACACCGUUCUGGGGAUCUAAAGGGACUGAGUUUGUUCAUUUCCAGAGAUCUUGGAAUCUAAAAUCUCGUGCGAGAAAACCUCCCUCUGGCAUUUCUGAGAUUCAGAAGACACCUAAACCCCUCUUGGCUGGCCUGCUGCCACGCCCAGCGCCCUGCUCCCCUGUGACAUCAAUUGGAUCUGAAGGUCAGGGCACUUUCAGGUUCUUACGAAACUUAGAGAAAAUCCUGGGCCUCAGAUCUCAUCAACUUUUUAUCAGUUCUUCAUUUCAAUCCAUUUCCAACAGCCUUACCAAAAAACAGUGGCCAGACAAGCUUGCAGCCAAAUUCUGAGAAGACGUGUCCCCAGAAUCUGCCAUCUCAUCUCCCCUUCCCUUUCCAGCUGCCUGGCUGCACAGAGCCAGAGAUUCGUGGCAAGGGCAGUGGUAUUUUUCCAGCUUCCGCCUAUCCAGGCCUCGGGGAGUGUCUGGACUCUCCUGAUAAUUAAUUCCACCAGGCGGUUUCCAGGCCUCGGGUGGGCAGCGGACAUCUCACGAAGCAGGAUCUUCAGCAGGAAAUGAUUCUCCAUCCAUCAGCUCAUGCAGGAAGAUGAAGUAAGCCCAGAUAGUCUCCAUCUUGUACCUAUAGAUUUUCAUAUCCCACCUGCCUCGCUGUCAGCUACAGGGCUCUGGCCUCUGCCCAGGUCAGAGAUCUGAGCCAAAUCAGGACCCCCAGAUGGCAGUGAGCCAUCCCUGUUGGGUCAACCCCAAGAGGAGACCAUCUGAAGUACAAAUGUGUCAUUCUGGACUAAGAUUCUAAUAAGCGUUUACCCCCCCCCACCCCCCACCCCAAAUUCCUGGUAAUCUGGUUUGAACCAGAGCCAAAUAAAACAGACAAGAUUUUUUUAAACUACUGCACAAGAACAACAACAACAAAAUUGUCUCCCAGUCAUUUGCUAGGUUUGAUGCCCAGAUAAGCAAACACCCUUGCCUGUGGCCGUUUUCAUCUAGAAGUUGUGUAGUCUGGGUUUCCAUCCACUGACCUUGAUAUUGGCUUAACCUGGAAUUUCUCCUGAACUCCCCAAAAUGCCAUCUUGAAGACAUGGAUUUGGAAGGGACUCUGUUAAUCGAGUGACCCCUCAUCUUCACUGCUAACUCUCCAUUCCUUCUUGCAAAGAUCCCGGAGAGAUCUAAAGGUUGGCGGGGAUGGGGAUGCAGUUCACCUGAAGGAGAGCCCACCUGCCCACAUUAUGUCUGCAUGCCAGUCUCUGAAAGUUUCUCCUGCAUGAAAGGGACAGGGCAGUCAAUUUUGGCUCAAAUUAAGGAAGCACUUCUAAUAGGUGGGCCUGCCUCACCAUGGAACUCGAUGCCCUGUUGGGUAAUGAGCUCUCUGACAGCACAGGUGUUUAAAGACAGGCUAGUUGAUGUACAAAACGGAUGUUGCUGAGGGAACCUAGCACUGCAUGCUGACUGAACUGAACGUCUGGGGAAGUUCUCUCUCCAGCACCUCCGCCCCACCCCCUUCCAACGUAUGCACGUGUGCGUGUGUGUGGUUUGAACAUCCGAGCACAGGCUCAAGCCACUGGGACAAAGGCAGAGAGCACAGUUAGCAGAAACUCAGAUUCUAGAAUGCGGAGCUUUCUGGGGGGAUGUCAGGGAGGGAAGUGGCAGCAGGAUACCCUGAUCCUCUCUGCUCCCCAUCUUGGACAGUUUUAGUGACUCUGUUGGUCGCUUAUCCACCCCCAGUUCCCUGACAGGGACCACACUGUGUGGGUUGAGGCUCGUGCUCCCCUCCCCCAGGCCAGCCAAGGAGCAACCCCCCCCCCCCAUUUGGGUGGCCUUCUCACGGUGCUUCAGUCCUUCUGCCCAGGCCCUGGGCCCUCGUAGGCCUCAGGCUUUCUGUACAAGAGAUACAAUUAUCCUUAACCCACUCGCCAGCUGCCUAAUGAACAAACUGGCCAGGCAAUAGCAAAUGGUACCAUCCCCAAAGGGUUUUUUUUUUUUUUGGCAAAUAAAACAGGAAAUCCCAUUCAAGACCCUUGAAAGUCCCCACCCAAU